CCCAGGACAGCGAUUGAGACUUAACUUGUAGAGUUGGGAGGGCGGCUGCCCGUCAGUCACGCUGCGGCUGGAGGCUGCUCUACCUGCUGAUCCUCCCCGCGUUCCGCCCCCAGGGAAGGGAAGGUUCUAGGGGAUGUGGCGCAGCCCUCGAUCGCCGCCUGCCGAGACAGCAGGCCGAGGGUGACGUGCGCGGAGCGGGGCCAGACGGAGCAGGCCAUUUCCACCUGCGUAAUAGCAGGCUGGGGAGUAAGGGAGGAGCGCGGGCGGCGGCGCGGGGGUCCUGAGAGGAGGAGGAGGAGAAGGAGGAGGAGGAGGAGGAAGAAGAGGGGGAGGAGGAGCCGAGGCGCUCGGAGCCGCAGCCGGCGGCUCGCCUGAGUUGCAGCAGCAGCGCAGAGACUCCGCAGCCUCCCGACCCGAGCCCCGGCGGGGACCGCAGCGCGCGCGCCCGAGCGCCCGGCCCCUCACCCGGCCGCGCCCAGCUGCCGUCGCCGCGUGGGGACCUGGUCGCCAGCCAUGGCCGCGCCGCCCGAUCCGCGAGACGAGCUGCCGCCGCGGGCCAGCCCCGGUUCCCAGGGCUUCGGGGACCGCGGGGAGGGCGAUCUCGGAGCGCGGACGCCGACCGGGGCCAGAACGGCGCCACAGGCGGGGGAGCCCGGUCGGGGAUCGGAAGCCGGGGCUCGGGAAGCGGCGGCGCGGGAACUGGGCACGAGCCCCGCCCGGCCGCCGCCCGUUGCCAUGGAAACCGCAUCCACAGGUGUGGCUGCUGUCUCCAGUGGUCUGGAUCAUUCCUUCUUGACAACACAGAAAGAUGGAGAAGGAGCAUGUUAUACAUCUCUGAUUUCCAACAUCUGUUACUCACCUCAAGAGGAGUCUACAUAUUUCACUGGGAUUCUUCAGAAGGAAAACAGUCACAUUACUAGUUCUGAGAGCCCUGAGGAGUUGGGGACCCCUGGACCCUCCUUACCAGAUGUGCCUGGGAUGGAGUCUUGUGGCUUAUUUAGUUCUGAUUCUGGAAUAGAGAUGACUCCUGCAGAGUCCACUGAUGUGAACAUGAUCCUAGUGGACCCUCUGGGCCAGAUGAAAGCAGAACCCUGCAAGUACAUUGACAUCACCAGGCCAGAGGAGGUGAAAUGUCAGGAGCAACAUCGCCCUGACUUGGAGAAUAAAGACUUGGACUUUAAGAGCAAGGACACUGAAAUCUCAACAAAACCAAAAGGGGUCUGUGAAUCUGACAGAGCAGCUCCUGUGGAGGGGAAAAUCAUCAAGGACCACUUGUUUGAAGAAUCCACCUUUGCUCCUUACAUAGAUGACCUCUCGGAGGAGCAGCAUACUCCUCUGGUCACAGCCCCUGUCAAAAUCACACUGACUGAGAUUGACCCUGCUGUCAUGACUGCUGUCCAAGACAAAACGCCAGAGAAGCAAGACAUCUGUCUGAAGCCAAGUCCUGACAUGGUCCCCACUGUCACUGUCUCAGAGCCCGAAGAUGACAGCCCAGGAUCCAUCACUCCUCCAUCUUCUGGAACAGAACCAUCUGCUGCCGAGUCCCAGGGGAAGGGCGGCAUCUCCGAGGACGAGCUCAUCACUGCCAUCAAGGAAGCAAAGGGCUUGUCCUACGAGACGGCGGAGGGCCCGCGGCCGGUGUGCCAGGCGGCCAGCAGCCCCGAGGCCCGGGCCAGGUCGGGGCCGCCCGCCGUCCCCAGCCCCCUGGAGCACGAGGCGAGCAGCGCCGAGUCGGGGGACUCGGAGAUCGAGCUGGUGUCGGAGGACCCGCUGGCCGGCGAGGAGGCGCUGCCCGCGGGGUACGCGAGCUUCGGGCCGGUGGGCGGCCCCCCCCCGUCGCCCGCCUCGCCGUCCGCGCCCGCGUCGGCGCAGUACAGCAUCCUGCGCGAGGAGCGCGAGGCCGAGCUGGACAGCGAGCUCAUCCUCGAGUCGUGCGACGCCUCCUCGGCCUCGGAGGAGAGCCCCAAGCGCGAGCAGGACUCGCCCCCCGUCCGGCCAGGGGCCCCGGGCCUGGUCCCUGUCCGCGAGGAGCCUCGCACCCGGGCCGAGCCGGCCGCCCCUAGCCCGCGGGGCCUGGCGGAGGAGCGGGGCCCGGCGGAGGAGCGGGGCCCCUUCCGGUUCCCCGCGGGGGCGCCCCCAGCCCGGCUCCAGCCGCCCCCCGGAGACGGAGACGGAGCCCCUGCGCCCGCGGCCCCCGAGACCACGAGCUCCGGCCUCAGCGCGGCGGCCAGCGCGGGCCCCGGAAUGCGGGGUCCUGGCACCGCGCCCCCUCUGCCGCUCCUCAAUAAGCAGAAAGCUAUCGACCUGCUCUACUGGCGGGACAUCAAGCAGACAGGGAUCGUGUUUGGAAGCUUCCUGCUGCUGCUCUUCUCCCUGACCCAGUUCAGCGUGGUGAGCGUCGUGGCCUACCUGGCCCUGGCUGCACUGUCAGCCACCAUCAGUUUCCGCAUCUACAAGUCGGUGUUACAAGCUGUGCAGAAAACCGACGAGGGUCACCCUUUCAAGGCCUACCUGGAGCUGGAAAUCACCUUGUCCCAGGAGCAGAUCCAGAAGUACACCGACUGCCUGCAGCUCUAUGUGAACAGCACGCUGAAGGAGCUGCGGAGGCUCUUUCUUGUCCAGGACCUCGUGGAUUCCUUAAAAUUUGCAGUGCUGAUGUGGCUCCUGACCUACGUGGGCGCGCUCUUCAAUGGCCUAACCCUGCUGCUCAUGGCUGUGGUGUCAAUGUUUACUCUACCUGUAGUGUAUGUUAAGCACCAGGCACAGAUUGACCAAUAUCUGGGACUUGUGAGGACUCACAUAAAUGCUGUGGUGGCAAAGGUCCAGGCUAAGAUCCCAGGUGCCAAAAGGCGCGCCGAGUAGGCGGCUGUCCCGGCGGGGACUGGACGCACACAGGGACGUCUGAGUGGUGACAGCUCUCGUCUUGGCCGUUGCUGCGAAUCGGUUGUUUUCCCCCAGCACCAUGAUCGUAGAGGCAAACUCUGAAACAGCUGUUUUUAGGCUGUCCUUGUACUCUUAGGAUAUUUGAGUCCCGUGUCGAGCACUAAAGUAUAGAGAAAAGUGUAUUAGAUGUGCUUUUUCAUUUCGUGUUGCUAACGAAAGUGCAUGAUGGUGCGAGCCCGCGUUACCGUUCCUUCCCCGGCGCCCCCUCCUCCCUGCAAUGCUUCUGUAGCUUCUCAUGUCCCUGUGGCCAGGCCUUUCCUGCCAAGUGCUGACGCAAUAGUGGAAACCGCUUCUAUGUCCUUUGGUUGCUGGUUGGAUUAAUCUUUAAUAACACUAUAUAGAAUUGUAGACUAAUGUUUUAGCAUUUUUUCCAAAACACACAACGUAAAAAUUAAAAAAAAAAUAGUCCACCGCACUUAUGGUAAUCAGUUUUGUAUAACUGAAAGUAAUUGCAUAAAUGAGUAAAACCUAAAAUGAACACACGGUACUUUUGUUGUAUAGGAUUGAUGGGCUGAUUUACAUGUAUGGUAACUAAAAAGUACCAGCAUGUUAACUUUAUUACAAUUUGUAUUACUUUCUCUGUAGUUCCUAAUGGACUUAAUUAUGGACUCUGGGUAUUUGCACUUAUGUACUUGAAACUGAAUGCAUAAAUAAAUGUUACUAAAUGUAGAAA